UCGCGGCGGGGAAAGAAGAGAGAUGGUGGUCUGCGGAGGUGCAGACGGUACUGUGACAGAGGAAUGAGUACACUCUGUCGGAUCCUGCGAGACCUCAACUCCAGUAGCGAGAGGGGCAAACCGCGACGGGGAUGUUGGGAAACCGACUACUGAGGAGAGAGCAGGUGUACAAUGCAUCGUGGCUAAGAGCCGCCGUGGGGAUGCGAGGCGCCGGGGGGGGACGGAGCACGACGCUGGCGGGAGAGGUCAGCAUAGUGGCGGUCAAGGGCGGUAGUGUAAGGGCACCGCGAGGAGGUAUGACAGUCCAAGCGGCAGCACAAACACCCACGCCAGCCCAAAAUAGCCGCGCGCUCCUCAACAGAAAGGACACCGCGAGGAGGGACAAAGCCCUGAGGAAGAUCCUGCUGAGGGACCUCGGGGGGCGGCGCGCCAACGUGACCGGGGGGGCUGCGUGCCCGGGAGAGGGCGGAGAGGAUGAGCUGGAGGCGCUCAGCCAUAGGAAGAGUAGAGUCCUCCAAGUGGUGGUGGACGGCCUCGCCGAGGUCGAGGUCGUCGUUAUGGUCACCCUCUGGCGACAGCGGGGCACCAACGUCCUGCUCACCAUACUCGAGCUCGCUGAAGUGGCGCGAGAAGUGGCGGCCCUGCUGCACGAAACGGAGGGGGCGACCGCGGAAAGGGGAACUGUGCUGGGAAGUGUCGUGAGAGGAGGAGGCAUAGCCUGUGCACUGAGGCUGGGAGGAGGAGGCGGCGUGAAGACGGGCCCGCAUCCGCUGAUGGUCCCUGGCGGCCUCGUAAGCCUGCGGGGCCGAUGUGAACUCGUACCGCCAUAGCUCGGAGCGGUACUCGAGCGGAAGGCUGGCCAAGAAACG